AUGUUCCACACCUUUACAGUCCACGACGCCGGCCGGCCGCCACCUGCCACUGGAGAGGACCUCGGGUCGACAUGGCUCACCAUCGACCUGUCCAAGGGCACCUGCGUCGAACCCCCACAACCCCUCUCCGGUCGGAUUCAAGUUCGCCAUCCACUGGUGCGGCUCCGUCUCGCCCCUGCAGACGAGCCGGUCGCGCAAGUCCGCGUCGAAGAUUUACCUGUGCUCGAGAACAGGAAGAACAGGACAUGGAUCGUGGCAGCGCGCCCAAGCCGUCAGCUCGGACCUCAGUCCCUGGUCAUACUCAGCACAAGCUUGGAAUCCAGUGGCGUCGGGCGACUCGCAGCCGUCACGGGCUUUUCGCGACACUGGGUCUGCUUCCGCGUCCAAGGCAGCAAGGAGCCCUGCGGCCUGUGUGUUCCCCUGGUGUGGGCGAAGCUGGGCGCGCUGGAGCGAAACUUCCAUGCGACGCGCUAUGCUGAACUGCCGCGACUGCCUCGACCGCACCCCGAGUUUGCUGACAACCCGCUCAUUACGAAUAGCGACGUCUCGCCGUACGAGUUUGAGUCCGACGAGGAGGAUGAGCCCGAGGGGGAGGAGGUAGAUAGCCUUGCGAUCGCGAGUGAGAAGAGAGGGCACAUCAACGAGGAUCCCUGA